AUGGACACCUUGGAGUCCGUGGACGCCAUGGAGUCCGUGGACGCCUUGGAGUCCGUUGAUGCCUUGGAGUCCAUGGACGCCAUGGAGUCCGUGGACACCUUGGAGUCCGUGGACGCCUUGGAGUCCGUGGACGCCUUGGAGUUCAUGGACGCCUUGGAGCCCGUGGACGCCAUGGAGUCCAUGGACACCUUGGAGUCCGUGGACGCCUUGGAGUCCGUGGACGCCUUGGAGUCCAUGGACGCCAUGGAGUCCGUGGACACCUUGGAGUCCGUUGUUGCCUUGGAGUCCAUGGACACUUUGGAGUCCGUGGACACUUUGGAGUCCGUGGACGCCUUGGUGUCCAUGGACGCCUUGGAGUCCAUGGACGCCUUGGUGUCCGUGGACGCCUUGGAGUCCGUGGACGCCUUGGAGUCCGUGGACGCCUUGGAGUCCGUGGACGCCUUGGUGUCCAUGGACGCCUUGGUGUCCGUGGACGCCUUGGAGUCCGUUGUUGCCUUGGAGUCCAUGGACACUUUGGAGUCCGUGGACACUUUGGAGUCCGUGGACGCCUUGGUGUCCAUGGACGCCUUGGAGUCCAUGGACGCCUUGGUGUCCGUGGACGCCUUGGUGUCCGUGGACGCCUUGGAGUCCGUGGACGCCUUGGAGUCCGUGGACGCCUUGGAGUCCGUGGACGCCUUGGUGUCCAUGGAUGCCUUGGUGUCCGUGGACGCCUUAGAGUCCGUAGACGCCUUGGUGUCCGUGGACGCCUUAGAGUCCGUGGACGCCUUGGUGUCCGUGGACGCCUUAGAGUCCGUAGACGCCUUGGUGUCCAUGGACGCCUUGGUGUCCAUGGACGCCUUGGUGUCCGUGGACGCCUUGGUGUCCAUGGACGCCUUGGUGUCCAUGGACGCCUUGGUGUCCGUGGACGCCUUGGUGUCCAUGGACGCCUUGGUGUCCGUGGACGCCUUGGUGUCCGUGGACGCCUUGGUGUCCGUGGACGCCUUGGUGUCCGUGGACGCCCUGGUGUCCAUGGACGCCUUGGUGUCCAUGGACGCCUUGGACCCCUUUGUGGGAAAACAUGACUGGUGUAAAUCAUGA